AUGGCGGUGGUAAGUGAGUUUAGGGAGGAAGAUUGCAAAGAGCUUCUCAGCAUUCAUAUGUUGGGGCAGCGAGGUUUCGAGAAAGGUAGGACGCUGGGGUGUGGCGGCCAGGGGCAUGUAUUCGUGCUCCACAAUCUGGACGGUCACAAGUCAUAUGCAGCCAAGGCAUUUCGAUCAGGGAGCGACGCUGAGAGAGAAGUUGGGAUCAUGGCCAAGCUCCGGGGCUGCCCUGGAGUUGUCUCCUUCAAAGAUUUCAUCAAGGAGAGAGAUGGAGGACAGUGUUUUGGGAGUAUUAUUAUGGAACUAUGUGGAUCUAGUCUUGCUGAUCGCUUGCGCGUUUCCGGGCAGAUGAGCGAAGAAGAAGCAGCUCAGAUUAUCAAGCAGCUGGCAGAGACCCUCAAGGAGAUGCAUUCGAGAGGCAUAGUUCACCGGGAUCUCAAGCCGGGCAACAUCCUUUUCAAGCUAGACGCGCGCGACAAAGUGGUGAUUAGUGACUUUGGUAUUGCCACAGACGACCCUGAGGAGAUGUCGCAGUACUGUGGCACGGCAAAGUACAUGGCACCCGAGGUGGCAGAGAACAAGGAUGGGAGCUUCUACACAGCAGCUAUCGACGUGUGGGGACUUGGAGCGAUUUUAUACGAGAUGCUGGGAAAGGGAGGAUAUCAGCCGAGUGAAGCAUUUGAUCGUGUGCGACAGGGGGCAUCCCCGGUUGGUCCUUUCUCGUUUGUAGCGGAGGAUCUCCUUGAGAAGAUGCUGGCUGUGGAUCCGAAACAAAGGCUGACAGUCGAUCAGGUUCUACAACACCCAUGGAUUGUCAAGCUUUGCAGAAGCAGCAGCAGUAAGAUCUACAGGACGUGGAGGAGGCCCUGUGGUGCGAAAAGGAGUGCUCCUGGCCUCGACAAGGACUUGGUCGUGAAGAAAGUUCGAGCGGCUUAAAAGUGGCAGCAGUCAGUCCGGUAAGCACACUUGCCAUUUCCUAUUUCUCCUAUUCGCAGUUACUAACUUCAUUUGCUUGGGUUCGUUUUUGUAUCCUCCGGACAUCAUCGACAUCUCUCGUGUCUCUGUGUGGAAAUACGUUUUUGGUGGCUGCCGAGAACAAUCAUGGAACAAAAACGAGAUCCAAGCAAAUGCCGAGAUAGAUGCAAACGUGUUACACACGAAGCUAUGCCGCUCUUCUUUAAGAAACAAGGGAAGUCUUCCCUCAAGAAAGAAUUAAAAAAGUCCAUCCAUAUAUAAAUCGAGAAUGGCUAUUGAUCACUGCUAAUCUAACAAUUUCUUGAAA